AUGCCGCUCCACAUUAUCCUGCGACGCUCUUUGGUCCCCCAUCUGUCAAUUUCUGGCGCGCGCACUUCUCUGCGCACCCCCCAAGCGCGAUUCUAUUCUCCUGAGUACCUACGAUCGCUUAAGGCCCGUCGCAUCCCAUGGACAAUAACGAAGGAAGACCUCCGCAAGCCGGAGGCGGAGCUGAUCGAGGUCGUAAGAAGCGGAAUAUGGGACGAUCCGAGUGGAGAAAGUCGGAAUAUGGUAGAUAAGAGAGCCCGCCACGAUGCUCAGCAGGAAGCGAAACGUCGCAAGCUUGAGAAUGGAGAGGAGGUCAGGGCUCCUGUGUAUGCGACGCAAUUCUCUCAGGAGGAUAUCGAGAGCGAGCAGCGCCGCCCUAAGAAGAAGGUCGCCGUGCUGCUGGGAUACUCGGGAACCGGAUACAAGGGCAUGCAAUUGAGUGAAACGGAAAAGACCAUCGAAGGAGAGCUCUUUGCGGCGUUCGUGGCGGCCGGCGCCAUCUCCAAGGCCAACGCAACCGAUCCGAAGAAGUCAUCGUUGGUGCGAUGCGCGCGUACCGACAAGGGUGUCCACGCCGCGGGAAACAUUGUUUCCUUGAAGCUGAUUGUCGAAGACGAAGACAUCAUCCAGAAGAUCAAUGAGAAGCUCAGCUCGCAGAUUCGCGUAUGGGACAUCCUCGUCACGAACAAGUCGUUUAGCAGUUAUCAGCUGUGCGACUCUCGCAUCUACGAAUACCUCAUCCCAACCCACUGUUUCCUGCCGCCUCACCCCAGCACUUACCUGGGUAAGAAACUCGUCGAGUACGCCGAGAAGGAAGGUGACAUGGAGGGAUACAAGGCCCGACAGGAAGAGGUAGCGAGCUACUGGGAAGAGACCGACGAGAAGUACGUCCGACCGAUCCUCGACAACACGCCCGAGGAUAUCCGCAAGCUCGUUGAGAAGGUCCUCCACCUGAACGAUGAGGACCGGUCCGCGCAAGACGACAUGUUCCAGACACAAGACAAGCCCACAUUGGAGGAAACCACCGAACGGCCAUCUACUGAAGAAAAGCCCGCAGCCGCCGAAAACGACGAGGCCGAAGAAGCGCGCCGACGUAAGGUCUUCGAGACCGUCAAGGCCAUUAAAGCCGCCUACCUCCAGGCGAAGAGGGCCUACCGGAUCCCGGCCCAACGCCUGGCCCGCGUGCAAGAAGCCCUGGACAAGUACGUCGGAACGAAUAACUUCUUCAACUACACCAUCCAAAAAACCCACGCCGACCCGUCCUCGAAACGUCACAUCAAGUCCUUCAAGAUGGCCGAACAGCCCAUUAUCAUCAACGGCACGGAAUGGCUCAGCCUCAAGGUCCACGGCCAAAGUUUCAUGAUGCACCAGAUCCGCAAGAUGGUUGCCAUGGCUGCCAUGGUCGUGCGCUGCGGCUGUGAUCCCCAGCGCAUUGUCGAGACCUACGGUGCCAAUAAGAUCGCUAUCCCUAAGGCGCCUGGUCUAGGCUUGCUUCUGGAACGGCCCGUCUUCGACUCGUAUAACCGGAAGACCCACGAGACCGGAAAAGACCCCAUCGACUUUGACAAGCAUGCCGAUACCAUCAAUGAGUUUAAGCAGCGUGAGAUCUACGAUCGUAUCUUCCGUGAGGAAGAAGAAACUCAUGCUUUCUCCGCUUUCUUCGGUCACCUUGACCACUACUCGCAAGAGGAAUUUCUCUACGUCACGUCGGGUGGUAUCAAUGCGGCGAGACUGGUCUCGGUUCCUGCCAAUGGCACGGAGGAGAAGAAGUCGCAGCGUGAGGCGCUGGCAGAAGUAGAGGGCGGUGCGUCGGAGGAUGAGGGUGCUCCCCCGAACGGAGGGGAAGAGGGAGGUUAG